AUGGUACCAACAGCUUCACCUCAAAAUUCCCCAUCAAGUAAAAAUAGCUCCCGACCACCUUCGAAUUCAUACCGAGAUAACCCCAAAUCAACACAACGAAGCUCACCACGGCAACCAACACAUGAAUAUAAAAAUCAAUACCACCCUCCACCUUCACAUGGUCAUAGACGCAGCGAAAAAGACUCUCCCUCGCCUCCUCGAAAAAAUGGCGGUAAUGCGUCACCAUCGAAAACUCCAUCCAGUAAGAUCGAGUCAACUGAUGGGAGAAUGAUUAUAGGAGUAGCCGCGGGUGCUGGAUUAUUGGUCGUUGUUGCUAUCUUUUUUGUAGCCAAAUGCGUUAUUCCACAGAAGAAGAAACGCCAGCAUAAUCCACAUUUUGAACCUCAAGCAAGUGGUUAUCCACAUUUUAAUAACUCCAACAAUCCUCCUCCUUUUGGCAAUGGUUUUCAAGGUCCAGAGCAUGCUACCGGACUACAUCCGCCUACCGGUGGUAGUAGCCGUCGUAGUGGAUGGGGUUCAUCAUCCCAACAGCCACCGACUGGUGAUGGCGGUGGCUAUGGAUGGAAUCCAUCAUCCCAAAUGCUAGGACCAAUUUAUACUGGUGAAACAAGCAACAAUUUCUCAGCCCCUUUCCACCGAGCUAUGCCACCUCCUCCUCCCCCGGGCAUUCCUCUUGGAUUAAACAAGAACAGUUUCACUUAUGAGGAGCUUUCGAUUGCGACAAAUGGAUUUUCUCAGUUAAAUCUGAUCGGCCAAGGUGGGUUUGGAUACGUUCACAAGGGUGUGCUACCGGAUGGAAAAGAGGUCGCAAUCAAGAGCUUAAAAACUGGUAGUGGACAGGGAGAAAGAGAAUUCCAGGCUGAAGUUGAAAUAAUUAGCCGAGUCCACCAUCGUCACCUUGUAUCACUUGUGGGAUAUUGCGUUGCCGGUGCACAACGAAUGUUGAUCUACGAAUUCGUUCCGAACAAUACGUUGGAAUAUCAUCUCCAUGGAAAGGGUGUUCCAGUCAUGGAUUUUGCCUCUAGACACCGUAUUGCAAUAGGUUCUGCUAAAGGGCUUGCUUAUCUACAUGAAGAUUGUCAUCCCCGCAUUAUUCAUCGCGAUAUCAAAGCAGCAAACAUUCUUCUUGAUAACAACUUUGAAGCUAUGGUGGCUGAUUUUGGGUUGGCUACGUUGUCCACUGACAACGACACACAUGUCUCGACUAGUGUGAUGGGAACAUUCGGGUACUUGGCUCCAGAGUAUGCCUCAACUGGCAAGUUGACAGAGAAAUCAGACGUCUACUCAUUUGGGAUCAUGCUUUUAGAACUUAUAACUGGAAAACCUCCUGUUGAUAAUACAAUGGAAGACACUUUAGUAGAUUGGGCUCGACCACUUCUGGAUCGUGCAAUAGAGACCGGCAACCAUGUCCAGCUCGUCGAUCCACUCUUGGAGGGUAACUACGAUCGUAUGGUGAUGCAACGAAUGGUGACCUGUGCUUCAGCCAGUGUUAGACACUCGGCCAAAAGGCGACCAAAAAUGAGCCAGAUAGUGAAUGCCCUACAAGGAGACGCGUCCCUGGAUGAUCUGAAGGUGGGGAUAAACAGCUAG